UCAUCUUGGGCAGACAGGAAAAAGGUUGUCCAGUGUGAAACCACACGUAGGCCAUCACAAUCACACUAUUAACCCACACACAUUAUCAGUGAUAUAAAAAAGGCACCUCACUCCUCACUUAGUCUGAAGAGUCAUUGUCUUCUGGCUGAGAACGACUGACUUUCCGAUCUUCUCUUGUCGUUGCUCCUGAACUCCUGAAAAAUAACGAAAAGCAAACUCAGAAACAAAAAGAGACAACAGUAUUUUCAGUAGAUCAUCAGAGGGACUUUACUGAAUCAAGAUGCUGCUGAUCAUUGAAGCUCUUCUUCUCAUUUUAGCUGCUCUAGGACAGGAUCACAGAGCUGCUGCUUCUGUUGAAGGACAGAUAUUUCCACUGGAUAUGGCACUGGAUUCUGUUGAUGAUCAAUAUAUGGGCUGUAGAAAGAAAAUGGAAGAACUGGUGGAGACAAAAUAUCUAAAGAAUGAACUCAAAAAAUCACCUGAUUUUAAUACAGCUUGGAAAAAAGGGGAAGAUUUUGUCAACAACCGAAAUGAUACAAACUUGCAAAAGAAUCAUGCAAUCGCCAUUUAUGUGUACAGUGAUACUACUGUAUAUGAGUACUUCAAUCCUGCCACUCGUCGUGAUAAAGAGCGGUACAAACACAAGACAUACGAAUGGUAUUCACUUCACUUUCUGUUAACAAAUGCAAUACAUAUCCUGAAAAAAACACAAAAUCAAUGCUAUUCAACUUAUCGUGGUACAAAAGUUGAAUUUUAUAAGUAUGUUCUGAACAAAGAGAUUCGUUUUGGCUCAUUUACAUCCUCCUCUCUUGAUAUUAAAGUAGGACAACGUUUUGGAAAUGUGUCUUGUUUUGAAAUCCACACAUGUGAAGGUGCUGAUGUGACUAAAUAUUCUAAGCUUCCUCAUGAGAAAGAGGUGCUGAUUCCUCCAUAUGAGACGUUUAAAGUCACUGAUGUCAAAACAAAAGAAGAGCAGAAAGAUCUCUGGUGUGACACUGUGUUCACUUUGGAAAGCACUGGAACAAGAAGUGACCUGAACUGUGCUCUGUUCAAGAAACCACCCAAGACCAAAACAAUGUACUAUGUGCUUUGAAUUUACAUUAUACAGUCAUGUACAUCAGCAUUUGUUCCUCUUGGUUUAGUUCAUUGAUUAUUUGUCAGAAAAUGCAAUUUGUUUAAUUUCAAAAAAAUUAAAUAAAGUUAUUUUAAGUGACCCAAUUCAGUGGCCUCAAAGUGAUUUUAUGGGUCUCUAA